UUCUAUGAAAUAAGAAAAAAGAACAACUUUCAUCAUUAUGAUUCUGUUUUGUUUUUAUAAUUUCUGUACCAAUGGUGGACAUGUGGUAAAUAACUUCUGGUGUAGUGCUGUGAAUUUUAUAUUAAACUUCACUGUAAUUAUUUUAUUUAUCUAAUCAUGGCGACGUUCGACCUAACAUCCAAGAUGGGACAAUAUUUAGAUCGACAUUUAGUUUUUCCAUUGUUAGAGUUUCUUUCCGCUAAACAGAUAUAUGAUGAAACAGAGUUGCUGCAAGCAAAACUGGACAUAUUAAGUAAGACAAACAUGGUUGACUAUGCAAUCGAUAUCAGGAAACAGCUGUACCCGACGCAGGAAGUACCGGAGGCCCUGAAGAACAGGCGAGUGCAGGUAGUGUCACAGUUGCAAGAGCUGCAGGUGGAGGUCGCAUCCAUCCUCAAGUUCAUGUCCGACGACGAGGUCAUGAAGACCAUGGAGACGCUGCGCGACUCCAAGGCUCUCCUCAACUACCUCACAAAAGAAUUUGACUUCAAAAUUGAGUUAAUGGAAAGCUUGUACAAACUCGCCAAAUAUCGGUAUGAGUGUGGAAAUUACUCUAUUUCAACGAGUUACCUUUAUUUCUACAUGCUCGUCAUGCCUACAACAGACAAGAACUACCUGAACGUGCUGUGGGGGAAGCUGGCCUCGGAGAUCCUGGUGCAGAACUGGGACACGGCGCUAGAAGACCUCAACAAGCUGCGCGAGUUCAUCGACGGCACGUCCUUCGGCUCGGCGCUGCAGCACUUGCACCAGCGCACCUGGCUCAUCCACUGGAGCCUGUUCGUGUUCUUCAACCACGGCAAGGGACGCGACCUCAUCAUCGAGAUGUUCCUCUACCGCCCCAACUACUUGAAUGCCAUCCAGACAAUGUGCCCGCACAUCCUGCGGUAUCUCGCCACGGCAGUCAUAAUCAACAGAACUCGAAGAAGCGCUCUGAAGGACCUCGUUAAAGUCAUUCAGCAGGAGUCAUACACAUACAAAGAUCCAAUCACAGAAUUCCUGGAGCACCUCUACGUGAACUUUGAUUUUGAAGGUGCUCGUCAGAAGCUUCAUGAGUGUCAGACUGUCCUGUACAAUGACUUCUUUCUCAUCGCCUGCUUGGAUGAGUUUGUGGAGAAUGCCCGCCUGAUGAUCUUUGAAACGUUCUGUCGUAUUCAUCAGUGCAUUAGCAUUGGAAUGCUUGCGGAAAACCUGAACAUGAACCCUGAAGAGGCAGAGUGCUGGAUUGUCAAUCUGAUAAGGAAUGCUCGCCUGGACGCAAAGAUCGACUCCAAGUUGGGGCACGUUGUCAUGGGGACUCAGCCCCUGUCCCCGUACCAGCAGCUGGUUGAAAAGGUGGACUCCCUGUGCGUGAGAUCGGAAGCCCUGCAGAACCUCAUAGAGAGGAAGCUUAAAGCACGCACCCAAGACAUACGUUGGGGUGCUCAAGAAUUUUAAGCCAGCAGCAUUUACACCAGCUGUAAGCAUACUUUUUCAGUUUUUGAAGAAUUGUGCUUUGUUACUAAAUUUUGUGAAUAAAGUACAUUUGUAA